GUCAAUCUAUAUACGAUUAUUGUAUAAUCACUGAAGAGCGUAAAGAAUAUCUUUGGUCUUCAAAAAAUUAUUCCAGUGUAUCUCAUCAUACUGGUCAAUUUCUUGGUGAAGAAAUUAUUAAUGUUGUUGAAGAUAUUGAUCCUGAAAAAAUAGCCGCAAUUGUAUCUGAUAAUGCAGCUAAUAUUAAAGGUGGCGAUUUAAAGGAUCAUACAAAAACACGUUGGUCUACAAUGUGGGAUUGUAUAAACUCAAUUGUACGACUUGAAUUUGCUUUUGUAAGAGUUCUUUCGGAACAUGAGAAUGAUCUUAAACCUCGAAUUAAGGACAUUCUUUGUGAUCGAAUUUUUUAUGAAGAUUGUCGGCUUAUUGUGUCUAUUCUUCAUCCUCUCAAAAUUUCUGUUGGAUGUCUAGAAUCGAGAACCUCUAAUCUCGCUGAUUGCUAUGUCCAUUUAGUAUCAUUAGCUAAUGCAAUUUUUCGUGUACCAAAUCAAAAUAUAGCAUUUAAAAAUUAUUGUAUUGAGAAAUUUAAUCGUCGUUGGGACGAAUUUUCUAAUAACAUCUAUAUUUUGACUUUUUUUUUACAUCCGCGAUAUCAUG